GAUCCGCCCAUUCUCGCGUGGUUUAGCCGCUCCUGUUCGGGGUUCAGGGGCGGGAUUUGUAGUCGGGGCGGCUUCGGCGGCGAGUGUCACGCGCGUGCGUCUGGUCCGGGGCGGGGUUCGGGUUCUUGAUUCGGCGCCGUUCAGGGAGCGGGUCGUUCGGGGGGCGAUUCUUGGCUCCCUGCGUGGGUUUGCGCGUUCAUCCGCAGCGGCGCCCUUCGAUUUGGGCGUGUUCAUCCGUAGGGUUUGCCUCCUACCGCACGGUUUGUUUAGAGGAGAUUUUCGCCUGGCGUCAUGCGGGGAAGAGAACAGGGCCAUUUUGCUCUGCUUCUGUUCGAGUCAUCCUCGAUUUUUGCCUGGGUUCAUCUGAAUGGCUCGCUCGGAUGAUUCUUGGGCGUUCUUGGACCUGCUGGCUGUUCUCUGAAUGUCUGAUUUCGUCCGUCUUUGCGGAAGGAUCAUAAUUGUAGUAUUUGUUUCUUCUCCGCGUAAAUGUACUGUGAUAAAGAAAAUAAAGUGCAUGCCUGUGCGUGCUCUGUUCUAGCCUCUCUGUCCCUCUGAGUUUACUCCAACCAACACUGGCUCCCAUGAAUGCUGUAGGUUUGUUCUAGCAACAAAUUGCAGUACGGGUGUAGAUUGUUCUGUCACCUUUCAUCUCAGGAUCACUGUCUGAAUAUUUCUGCUACCAAAGUUGAAUUGUACUCCCUCCGUAUUAAUAUUUCUUUACAGAGGGAGUAUUACUCUGGGCCCUGAUAAAUGAAACCUUUGCUGUGAUGGUGCUGGACUUUGUGAGUUUGUGUUUGUUUUGACUGAUAGUGUUCAAUUUGCUCACUCACUGGAAGCGCUGUAUUGUUCACACUUUUGCAAUGGAACAUCAUCAUUUCAUCUGAAGGAAAUGUGAGCGAAUUAAUUUCCUACAGCACUAGGAAUUCAGGCCAUUUUAGGCAUGGACAAUCAUGUGUCCUCCACUUGGUACACCAACAGAAAUGAACUACAGUAUCAGCGAUUCUUGGAGCGAUGAGGAACUUGUGCGAUUCUUGGCAGAGAGGAAGGCCGACGACUCCCUGCCAGAGAACGUACUUGUGGGCAUGGACCUUACUCUCAUUCAUCCACGGGAUUCCUCCCCUGGGAACAUAUGGUACCUGAACCAGUCAGAUGAUCAGCAGCCCUAUGGCAAUGGCGAGUCAGAUAUUAGAAAGGCAAAAGGUGGAUACUGGAAGUGCAUAGAUGUUCUCAGAAUACCAACAAGUAAAUCUACUGCUGGUGUGAAAUUUAGUCUGGAGUUUUAUGAAGGCGAAGCACCAUCUGGUAAGAGAACUCAGUGGUUGAUGCAUGAAUAUCAGGUAGAACAGAAUGAUGAUGCUAAUGUACCACAGGAGUACAAGUCUUUGUGUACAAUAUUCAUGCAGGGGAGCAAAAAGUUAAAUACUGAAGAUGAACUGCUAUCUCUGAGUACUAAUGCUCCUAAUGAUCACUUGGAAUCUUAUCUUCAAUAUCUUGCUGACAUGGAAGAGCAGAAUGUUGCGGUAAACUCAAAGAUUGUAUCUUCAAGCAAGCAAAAUAGCUCUUCCAGAGAAGGAAAAGACAUUUAUGAAGAUUAUAGUGCUGCAGAUGGCGUAGAUUUUGUGAAUGCUCUUGCUAAUGAGGACUACAUAGAAAUGAAAGAUCUAUUAAGCUCAGAUGGCUCUGCAUCGACUUCCGAAUUUUCAAGUAGACGGUCUGAAGAGUACUUUGACUCUGAUGCAUUACUGAGGGAGCUUUUGAAUGACCAAAACACAACUAGAGAAGUACAUCAGGACUGCAAUCAUAACAUAGCUGGACCUACUAAAUCUGAUUGCAUGGUUAUCAGUCCACCAGAACAAGGGUUUGUUCACAACCAUGAUAAUGGUGCCAUGGUGGCUGGAACAUCACUGGAAAAGGCAGUGUCAGAUUCUGAAAGAGAUCAACAUUCGAGCGAGCAGUGUCUGGAUCACCAUCCUCCCGCGUCUUCCUGUUCUCAGAACAGCCAUGUAGAACAAAGCCAUUCAAAUAGUUCUGGCAGCUCGCAUGGAAGCACCACGUCUCCCCAGAGAAGUCGAUCUAUCGGUAAACUUGGAAAGAUAGGAAAGAAGUACUGCUGCUUGGGAUCAUUCUAGUCCCCUGCAUAGCAUUUCACCUAUUUUGUACAGGAUGGGACAUAGGCAAGUCAAGUUUUCCUCUUGAGCUGUGUAACAUAGGAUAUACCAUGCCAUGGUAUUCGGACCUUGGCCGGUCACGUGAACAAACUGUUAUGGAUCUUCUGGCAGAACGAGGGCAUGUUCCAAAGCAGCAUGAGAAAACACUUCAUACGAACUCUGGAAAUUUUUUCAGCUAUAGUUGUUCAUAUAGUGUGAGGCACUAUGUCAUGACACUGAUGAUUCUGUUCAGCCACUUAUAUUGUUUGAUCGAUAAUGCCAGUUCUGUUA